UCCCUUUCCACCAAUUGUAGAGAGAGAGAAAAUAGAAAAAGAAAAAAAAGAAAGGAAGGAAAUAUAGAGAGAGAGAAAGAAGAAAGAGCACUUGUCCAUUCUCUUCCUCAUCACACAGACUCAGAUUUUGCUUCAACCUCAUACUUGGCACUUCUCUUCUUCUUUCUUCAGCAACAAUACUUUCAUCAUCAUCAAAAUCAUCAUCAAAAUCAAUCAACAAAUUCCCCAAUGCAACUUCCUUCAAUCAAUCUCUCACUCACAACAACGCAUCAAUCUCUCUAACAAUCUUCCUUCUCCUCCUCUUCCUCUUCUUCUUCAUCUUCAUCUUCAUCUUCCUCCCCCUCCUCCUCCUCCUCCUCCAUGGCUUCCUUACCCGUCUCUUCCCCUUUCUGUACUUGGCUUGUAGCCGCUUGCAUGUCCGCUACUUGCUUCAAAGACCAUUCCCUCAAUGCUUCAUCCAUCCCUCAUUCUUCCUCCUCCUCCUCCUCCUCCUCUUCCAAGAGAUCGAUAUCCACCUCUAGACGGAAACACUCUUUCUCUAAAUGUUUUAGUAUUACUUCUCAAUUCAAUACUGGAUUGGUUUCCUCUUCACCUCGAUUCAAUAUUCACGACCUUCUCCUCGACGAUUACUACUCUAACUCUACUACUUAUCCUCUACAAUACAAUCCUUUCUCUUUACUUUUUCCACCUACCUCUCUUCCUCUUCACAGCCGCCGCCGGAGACGUACGAAUCGGGCUUUACGUUCAGGUGAGACUGUCGCUAUAGCUGUUCAUCCAGCUGAAGAGGUGGGAAGCAAAAAGAAACACCAUACAAAACAAAGAAGAGUAGUUGUCACUGGGAUGGGUGUGGUGACGCCUUUGGGGCAUGAUCUUGACGUCUUCUACAAGAAUUUGCUUGAGGGUGUCAGCGGAAUUAGUGAAAUAGAGGCGUUUGAUUGCUCACAGUUUCCCACAAGAAUUGCUGGAGAGAUUAAAACUUUCUCUACUGAUGGAUGGGUUGCACCAAAAUUCUCUAAGCGGAUGGAUAAAUUCAUGCUUUACAUGCUUAUUGCUGGCAAGAAAGCCCUAGAGGAUGGUGGAUUUACAAAAGAGCUUGCAGAAGAGUUGGAUAAAACUAAAUGUGGAGUACUGAUUGGUUCAGCAAUGGGAGGCAUGAAGGUCUUUAAUGAUGCAAUUGAAGCGUUGCGAAUUUCAUACAAGAAGAUGAAUCCUUUUUGUGUUCCAUUUGCAACGACAAACAUGGGGUCUGCCAUGCUAGCUAUGGAUCUGGGAUGGAUGGGCCCAAACUAUUCAAUUUCUACUGCUUGUGCUACGAGCAACUUUUGCAUACUAAAUGCUGCUAAUCACAUAAUUAGAGGCGAAGCUGAUGUAAUGCUCUGCGGAGGAUCAGAUGCAGCAAUCAUACCCAUUGGUUUGGGAGGUUUUGUUGCUUGCAAUACACUUUCUCAAAGAAACAGUGAUCCUACCAAAGCUUCACGGCCUUGGGAUAUUAAUCGUGAUGGAUUUGUCAUGGGGGAGGGAGCUGGAGUUUUGCUUCUAGAAGAAUUGGAGCACGCGAAGCAACGAGGAGCCCAAAUCUAUGCAGAAUUUCUUGGUGGAAGCUUCACUUGCGAUGCAUAUCAUGUGACAGAACCACACCCUGAUGGGGCUGGAGUUAUUCUCUGCAUGGAGAAGGCAUUAGCUCAGUCUGGAAUAUCUAAGGAAGAUGUGAAUUACGUAAAUGCACAUGCAACAUCUUCACUGGCUGAAGACGUCAAAGAAUAUCAAGCUCUUGUACAUUGUUUUGGCAAGAACCGUGGGUUAAGAGUGAACUCCACGAAGUCUAUGGUUGGCCACUUACUAGGGGCCGCUGGUGCUGUUGAGGCUGUUGCCACCAUACAGGCCAUAAGAACCGGCUGGAUCCAUCCAAAUGUUAACUUAGAAAACCCAGAUAAAGGAGUGGACACAAGUAUACUUGUGGGUCCAAAGAAAGAAAGAUUGGAAAUCAAGGUCGCUCUGUCUAACUCCUUUGGCUUUGGCGGCCACAAUUCAUCUAUCCUAUUUGCCCCCUACAAGUGAGAAACACUUCAACUGAAAUGGGAGUCGUUCAGCCUUAUGUGUACAAGUUGCUGACUGUUGAGGGGAUAUUCGCCGUUGUCCAUUGAUCGUUUCAUAAGACACACAGCAACGCAAAUCGGUUGGCCAUUCAAUCGCUUGUGAUCGAGCAGGAUAAAGGCCAAUGAUCGUCGUCUGGGUAAACAUUAGAACAUUUUCCAAACCAGUUGUGUAGUACUAUGUUGAUUUUGACAAAUUAAGCUUAGCUUCUACAGCAUUGAUGAUAAACAAGACCCAAAAAAACAAAAAAACAAAAACAAAACCAAUCCCUUUUGAUCUGCAAUAGAUGGAACCGCUAAUUGAAGAGGUGUUUUGAUUGUCCUAA